UAAUCACUGAAAAGGGAACAUGCAAGUGCAGCGAGAAAGUGAAAGAUAAAUCAUGUGUUGGAGGUUUAUUACAAGGGGAUUUGAGUAGAGGAAUAAAUAUGUCUUGCUGCAUUGACACAAGACCAUUCCCAGGUGGUCACGGAUUCCAAGGAAAUUGCUGAGAUCUACAAAGAGUUGAGCAAAUUGCCAUCACUGUCAAAAGCUAGCAUUGGGCCAGAGGUCAUUUCCCAAUAUGGUGGAAAAUACUGCAACAUCUAUACAGAAUGGUCUCAGAGGGAUCUGGAACGAGCAGAGCGGGUGAAAUUCUGCCGACAAUAUAUCAUGUUCUACGAUGAAGAUUCCAUAGUUUAUACAGGCCCUUCUGGAAAUUGCACAGAACUACAAGGCGAGCUGUUGAGCAGAGAGUCUCCAUCUGGAUUUUUCAAGGCUGUACUUCGGGAACACACAAACAAAAAGGGAGAAGAAAAGCAGUUUCUGGAGAUCUGGAAUAAAAACUCGAAGGAGAAGAGCAUAAAUCUGACUGCACUUGACAAGCAUGGCAAGGUGUACGAAGAUGAUCAGUUUGGUUGUCUUGUGUGGUCUCACUCAGAGACUCACAUUCUGUAUAUUGCUGAAAAGAAAAGACCCAAAACGGAAUCCUUCUUCCAAACUAAGCCACAAAUUAGUAUGACUGAAGAGGAUGAGGACAGCAUCAAACCAGAAAAACAGGAGAAGCCUGUAAAAGGAGAUGACUUUGUGUACUGGGAGGACUGGGGAGAAGCACUGGUGAAAAAGACCACACCUGUGCUGUGUGUUCUGGAUAUUGAAAGUAACAACAUCUCUGUUCUGGAAGGGAUUCCUGACCACAUUUCUCCAGGGCAGGCUUUUUGGGCUCCCAAUGACACUGGCAUCAUAUUUGUUGGAUGGGAUCAUGAACCUCAACGCUUGGGUCUCGUGUACUGCACCAACAGAAAGUCGGGACUGUACUAUGUGGAUCUGACAGGUGGCAAUUGUGUGCAACUUUCAUCCCAAGUAAAUGCUGUUUGGUCUCCACGGCUCAGUCCUGACAAGUGUCGAAUUGUCUACUUUGAAGGUGAUGCAGGUGGACCCCACCAGCAGUGUAGCAAACUUUGCAUGUAUGACUGGUACACAAAAGUGACCUCCACUGUGGUGGAUAUUGUGAAUCGGCCAGAUGAAGAUGGAUUUACUGGCAUUUACUCUUCAGCACUAGCACAAAAUUGUUGGGCUAUGGACAGUCAGCGGGUUCUCGUUGAUACACCUCAAAGAAGCAGAAAGGAUCUCCUCGUAAUAAAUAUUACAACAAGAAGUGUUACAUCGCUUACUAGUGGCUCAGAUGCUGCAAGCUGGACACUGCUGGCUGUUCACCAGGAUCUGAUGGUGGUCACAUGCUCAUCCCCUAACUGCCCACCCAGUCUGAAAGUGGGCUUUCUGCCUGCUGCAGGCAAAGAACAAAGGGUCACUUGGGUGGCACUUGAUGAAACUGAACCAUUGCCAGGCAUAGACUGGAAAAUUCUGACUUUUACUCCUCCACUUGAACAAGAGAAUCCUAAAUUCCCUGCACUGGAUUUUGAAGGCAUCCUUUUGAUCCCCAAUGAAAGAAAGGAAGGUGCUCCACCUCCAGUUAUUGUUUGGCCACAUGGUGGACCACAUUCAGUUUUCACAGCAGAAUGGAUGUUGUACCCUGUCACUCUUUGCAAGUUGGGAUUUGCAGUUUUACUGGUAAACUACAGAGGUUCCAUUGGCUUUGGACAGGAUAGUGUCUGCUCUCUGCCUGGGAACGUAGGAAGCCAAGAUGUGAAAGAUGUGCAGUUUGCAGCAGAAUUUGUGCUGAAGGAAAAGUUUGCUGAUACCGCAAAGGUCUUCGUCAUUGGUGGCUCACAUGGAGGUUUUCUUGCUGGCCAUCUGGCUGGGCAGUACCCUGAAUUCUAUAAGGCCUGUGUGACUAGAAAUCCUGUCAUUAACAUUGCUUCCAUGCUGGGAACGACUGAUAUUCCAGACUGGUGUACGGUCGAGGCCGGUUUUGAGUACACAGCUAAUCAGCUUCCAACUCCUCUGUUAUUGGAAGCAAUGUUGAGCAAAUCACCAAUCGCAUAUGCUUCUCAAGUAAAAUCUCCAGUGUUAAUCAUGCUAGGCGAGAAAGACAAACGUGUUCAUCCCACACAAGGCCUCGAGUUCUAUCGAGCAUUGAAAGCCAGAGAGGUUCCUGUACGAUUAUUAUGGUACCCCGACAACAACCACUCAUUGUCCAAAGUUGAUGCAGAGGCUGAUGGAUUCAUGAAUAUCGUACUCUGGUUUGUAAAACGCCUCUAAUCUCGAUUCUUCAUUGAAGAGGUAGUGAUUGUAACUGGAGGAAGAUAAAUUGCUGGAGCUGUCAAUGUUCAUGAGGUCUGAAAUCCAGAUGGUUAUUUCGAAGAUGUCUUUCAUAUGUUCUUCUGGGGCUCUCUGUAGCCAUUGUAUGUACACACGUUUCACACUGAAUCACAUUAGACUGCCUAGAAUUUCAGGAAUUUGGUUAAUGAUUUGGAUAAUGAGGGAGGAUUUAGUAGCACACAAGUCAUUUGUUCUGUAGAUAGCCAGCGGUUAUUUAAAUUAUUAUAUGCCAUUUUUGUCGUAGCAAUGCCAUUCUGCAAUAUAUUUUAUAUGAAGUAACCAACACAUGUUAAAUAAAUUACUUUCUGGUCAAAUACCAGAAUUACAAUACUAAAUUACAGUAUCAUUUAGUUUUGGGUACUGUUCAGUGUAUCAUUAGUGGCAAUUUACAACCUAGCAAAAAAUUAAUUUUCAUGUUGUAAAAUAUUAAAAACAAUCCAAGCUUAUUACUUUACUAAUCUAUAAACUGUUAUCAAGAACAUUUAAAGAACUGAUAAUUCAGUCUUCUGAUUCCAAUGCACUAAUAUAGACUUGUGAUUUUAUGACUUCAGCACUUGAAAUCUUGAUUGCUCAUUGACAGUCCUCGUAGUUUGUUACUUUUGAGUACACUUCACAGGGAUGGCAUCAUAUUCCUGUAAUAAUCUGCUGUUGCACUGCCAUCUGUUUGGCAGAGAAAAUCUCACCAAACUGGGAAACACAGCACCUCAAAAAUAAAGUGCAUUAUUUUUAGUACUGAGCGGGAGAAAUACUUUGUUCGCCUGCACACUUUAUGCAUUGACCUAUAUAAAAUCUCCUCACAGGUUUCUUGACUUGCAUUGAAAGAGAAAUCUAUUUAGUUAUAUCUAACUUUCCAGAAAUAGUAAAUGACGGAUUUCCAUUUUUACAGCAGUAAUCUAGUUGGAGGGUUCAAAUGACAUUCAUGAACCACUUGAGUUCAACUUCUAGCUUUUAUAAUGUCACUUAAUCCUGUCACCAGGAUUAACAUUUAGCCAUGAAAUUCCUCCCAGCAAACCAUUAACAUUUGCAGAAAAGAAUAAUGUUGUGGUUUGCCACAAAUCUAAGAAUUAACUCUUGUCAAGUGAUGGAAUAACUGGAUUAAUAUUGCCUUUCUGGGACUAAUACAGCCUCUUCAGUGGGUUCUGCUUGGAUUGCCUUCCCCCAUUAUUGGUGAAAGAAAUAUGAUACAAAAAUGUGCCUUGACAACUUCUUUGACUCUUGACUGUUAAAAUUAGGAUUAUAGAGAUCUCUUUGUAAAUGGUGUCAAUAAAUUUGAAAGUUCAUACCAAUUAUUCUAUACUGACUAUUCAUUCCUCUGACCAUCUCAAAGUGCAUCAGCAGGUGCCAGUGAAGGUUUAUGAGAGUAACUCUAUCAGAAUUACCCUGCCACGCUGAAGUGAAGAACUUACAUAUAUUCCAAAGUCCUUCUAAAAAAUAUCUGGAGAAGGAAAGAGGGUGAAAAUCUUGGACUAUCUGCAUAAAGUGGUGGCUCGAGAGGGGCUCCCAUGCCAAUUAGUAACAUUUUAGAAUAAUGAUGACUGCAUUCAAAUAAAAUCUGUUGUUAGUGAAAACAAGAAAAUGAUGUUGUGAUUGAGAUGGAACUGAGGCUGUCUAGAAAAAUAUUUUAAAAUAUUAUAAAUUUUUAAAAAUUGUUGGUGCUUUUACAUGUCAACCUCUGGUGAAGCAAGUGUAAUGUGUAACUAUAACAUCUCAGUGCCACAGAAUAAAUGAAGUAAAACUUA